AUGAUUGCUAAGCUCCUGUGCUACCUAAACCAUCACAUCAACUCCACUGCUAUUUCAGUAGUCUUCUGCACCAUUCUACUAUGCAUUGGUAUCCAUUCUUUGCUGAUAAAAAAGCCAGAGAGAAAGAAAGUGUUUUUUGUGGGAAGGAGGGAAUCAGGGAAGACCACGGCCCUGCUUCAGAUUCUACUGAAGAAAAAAGACAGGCGAAUCAGGGCAGUGAAGAGGACGACACCGACGCUGAUUCAGCACAGCACCGUCAUCAACGACCUUGAGAUCGUCGAGGUCGAACAGAGCGACGAGAAAGACGUUUUGAAGAAGUUUUCGAUAAAUGGCAGGGAUAAGUUCAUCUUCUUCCUGCGAGAUGACGAUGAGACGUAUCCACAGCUACUGGGCAACUUCGAUAUUCAUUUUGUGAUGUGGAAGAAGGUGAAACACGAGCCACGAAAUGACAUUUUGUACCUGAAUGAGGACGCAGUUGCUCUCAUCGAUUUGCUCUAUAAGAAUUGCUGA